AUGAUCCGUUCAAUACGCCUCCCAAUCCGUCAACUACGGCUACCAACAGCUGGCCUAGCUGCUACAGGCUCUAGAUCAUUCGCCUCAGCCGCGGCUCGGCGAGAAAGCUGUGCAUGCGGCUCCAACACCCACCUAACCUACCCCGACUUUAAACUCCCCCUCAAUACAACAACCCCCCUCUCCACAACCGGCCCCUCCCUCUGGCGCCACAUCAUCCUCGCCACCGGUCCCAAAACUCAAGACACCUGGCCCCACAACCCCAACAAAGACCCUGACUCCAUCGCCGGCGUAUUGGAGAAAAUGCAAAAAGAGCGUCCAGACGCACGAGAGAAACCAAUCAUGAUCGGGCUGGCUACGUUACCGAAGAGUACGGUGGAGGGGAUGGAGAGGUUAUGGGUGUUUCCGGAGGGUGUGUGUGUUGAUGUUUCGAGUGCUGAUGUGGAGAGCGGGCGGAUCGAUGUAUGGCGACAUCUCCUGAAACCCUCCGAGGAGCUGGAGGAGAUGUUUGGGCCCGAGGAAGGAGAGGAGGGUGGAGUUAUCCUGAUCUGUGGCCACACAGCCCGCGACCCCCGCUGCGCCCUCGCCGGCCCCAUCCUCCUCUCCCAAUUCCUCUCACCCACCUCACCCUCCUCCCAACUACCGCCAAAUUGGAAAGUAGCGUUGACGACCCACGUCGGCGGCCACGCCUACGCUGGAAACGUCAUCGUCUACUCCAGACACCCAAAGAGGGGUGUGUGGUAUGGACGGGUUACGCCGUGUGAUGUUGAGGAGAUUGUGGGGAGGACGGUUAGGGGUGGGGAGGUUGUUGAGAGGUUGCUGAGGGGGGUUGUGGAGGUUGAGGCAGGUUGA